GUUACAGAGUGUGCAGCUACAGCUUGGAAAAGAGAUUUCCGCUGUAAAUAAAGUUCUGUUGAUGUUUGUUAAUACCUUGCCUGGUUGAUACAAUAUUUUGGCGACGAGGAUGGGUCUUCUGCCUCUGAACCCACCUGCACCCUUUCUGCAAUGCCCAGGUACUAGCGAUGUAGAGGCUGCAGACUCUGGAUCGACGAGAUCGACGGUGGACACCAGCGGUGGAUCACAGGCACCAAGGACAGUGGACGUGAUUCUGGAUCCAAACACGGCUCAUCCCAAACUCGUCCUGUCUGAGGAUCAGAAAAGUGUGAGACAUGGAGACACACAACAGGAUCUGCCUGUCACGGAGUAUUGGGGGACUCAGGGCCCUGCACCCCCGGCUUCCUGCGAUUCACCAUGACUCUCAGCCAGCCAGUAAAGCAGAAGGUUUAUUUGGAUGACAGGAAUACAGUCCAAGACAGGUCUUGCAGGCACAGACAACAGGGACCCCCUCAGUUAGGUCCAUCUUGGGGUCCCCGGGCAUCCAAGCCCAGCCCCCCUUGGGAGGUCAGAGCCAUCUAUGCCCCCCAGCCCUCUCUCCCUGCCUGCUUCCAGCACUCUGCUUUCAGCGACCCCUCCCACAGCCUUUGUUCAGUUUCCCGGGCUAAGGAGUCGCCUCCCCUUCAACCCCUUCCUGGGUUCUCAUGUUACACACUCAGGUAUGCGCCCUCGGGCGCCCUCGGGCAGAUCCCAUCCUGCAAUGCAGACUAUCCCAGAACACUCCCCUGUCAGCAUUCACAGACCACCAUGAGAACAGGCCCAGUUCGUCACAUCUCUCCCCCCUUCGAGACCGAACUGAGCAGGGUCACUUUA